UCCCGCCCAUGCAGGAACAUAAGGCUUUUAACAGGAGGAAAACUUCCUUAAAGUGAAAGCUGGAUUGACCACAUUCAUCUCAACAGCUCCACAGCAGCAUUCAAACUGACUGUGAUUUGGUAAAGACAAGUGAUGGGUCUCUUUAAUAAUAUCAAGUUCUUUGUGUUGUGCCAUGGAAUCCUGCAGCUUGCACAGUUGUUGGUUUCUGGGUAUCUGAAAGGCUCCAUAUCUACAAUCGAGAGAAGAUAUGGCCUGUCCAGUCAGAAGUCUGGUUUGCUGGCUUCCUUUAACGAGGUGGGAAACACAGUUCUUAUCGUGUUUGUGAGCUACUUUGGAAGCCGAGUCCACAGGCCCAAGUGUAUUGGGAUUGGAGCGAUCAUAGCAAGUAUGGCAUCAUUUCUGAUUGCAUUGCCACACUUUAUCAGUGGAAAAUAUCACUACACAGAUGACACUGGCGACACCACAAAGCAUGUCUCAGGUCUUUGUCAAGCAGUGACCAAUCACCAGGCAGCAUCUUCCAACCAGACAUGUCAAGAAACCCAGAGUCCUGCCAACAAUGCAGUGUUUCCCAUACUACUCUUGGGCCAGUUGCUGCUAGGAAUUGGCGCCGUUCCUAUCCAACCCUUUGGCAUUUCCUACAUAGAUGACUAUGCAAACAAGAAUAAUUCGCCAUUCUAUCUUGGAAUAUUGUUUGCAUUAACUGUGAUUGGACCAGCAUUGGGUUACUUGUUGGGGUCCAUCCUGCUCCGGUUCUAUGUUGACUUCAACACGAUGUCUCCUGCGGAAAUUGUCUUAGAAAGAAAGGAUCCCCGUUGGGUUGGAGCUUGGUGGCUGGGUUUCCUUCUAGCUGGUACCUUGCUCUUCCUUACCUCCCUGCCGUACCUAUUUUUCCCCAGAAGCAUAAUAACAGAGGAAACUGUGGAGUCUUCUAAAGAGUCGCAAACAGAAAAGCUAAAAGAAAAGCAGGAAGUUGAAUCAGACACUACACAUGACCUCUCACUCCUUCAGUUCCUCAAAAAAUUUCCAAACAUCAUGCUGAGAACCAUGAGGAACCCCAUUUACCUUUUUGUGGUGCUGGCCCAGGUGAAUCUAUCAGCUAUGGUUGCUGGACUGGCCACAUUCAUGCCUAAAUACAUUGAGAGACAGUUCACGCAAACAGCUGCCUUUUCUAACAUUAUGAUUGGUGGUUUGAACAUUCCAUCAGCCAUAUUGGGCAUCAUGGCAGGAGGCACGAUCCUACGCAGAUACAAUCUGUCUGUUAAGGCCUCGGCAAUCUUGUGCAGUAGUGCUGUGCUGUUGUCUAUCGUCUUCGCCUUGCCCCUCCUCUUCCUUGGUUGUCCAACGCAAAACAUUGCUGGGAUAAACCCUGCCAACAGUGAAAGCUUCACCAAGUACCAAAAUUGCAGUUUGAUAUGUUCCUGCUCUGAUGAGGCCUUCAACCCUGUGUGUGGUUCUGACGGUGUGGAGUUUCGCUCUCCUUGUCAUGCUGGCUGCAAAAUAGGAAUCGACAAUCUGACACAGAACUACACAGAGUGUGCUUGCGUGGGUCCAGUGGGUUCUCAAGGAUACGCCGUAUCAGGAAAAUGUGGGAAACAUUGCUCUCACCUCCUCAUCCCUUUCAUGUUUUUCUCCUCGCUCACAUGCUUCUUAGCGUCGCUCUCUCAGACACCAUCAUUUAUGAUGAUUCUCAGGACUGUGAUGCCAGAAGACAAAUCCUUUGCUCUGGGAAUCCAAUUCAUGCUCUUCAGAGUGCUCGCAUUUCUCCCAGCACCUGUCCUGUACGGAAGUGCCAUUGAUUCGACGUGUAUUCUGUGGGGGAAAAAGUGUAACAAGAACACUUCCUGUCAUUACUACAACCUAAAUUUUUUCAGACAACGAUUUCUUGGACUGCAGAUAUUUUUCCUGUUUGGAGGUCUGGUCUUUUUCAUGUUCUCCUUUUUGGUCCUGAAGAGAAUGCAUUCUGAUAAGCAAAAUCAAGAAAAGAUGAACAUUUGCACAAAUGAGAAGCAGAAACUGAAAGACUUUACCACAAAGUCACUACCAUUUGAUGAUUCAAAAUGACAAACUGGUGUCAGGACAGACAGGAAAACUGUGAGAGGAAAGAAAAGUGCCGAGGAAACGGCAACUGUACAGAACCAUUUGUGAGUCAUAAUCCCACGGAGAUUAUAUUCCUUUUGAGCAAACAUAAAAGUCCUUGUCAGCAUUGUGCUGAUGAAACAUCUGCAUGUAUGAACACAACAAAUAUGCUUACACACUGUGAAGCCACUGUUGCUAUUUCUUCACCUGAGCCUUUUGUGGAAUUAUGUUUUCAGUUGAGAACAUGUCCUGUUGAUUUGUAUUACAUUAAUCUACUAUGAAAAUGGCAGAAACAUGGGACACGUGCAUCAUGAGUGUUGCAGUAUGUUGCUGGAUUGUUACAGAGGGCAUUAGAACAUCCUUUGGGAGGACGGCGCAGUUAAUUCCCAUUGGAUUUAAUAUUUCUUCUAUAUUCUAGGCUAGAAAGCCUCACUGUGAUUGGUGAAACUGGUGAAAGUUUGCUUUACUUUUUCUACCUAAAAUAUAGAAAUGUCAGCUUUCUUCUUAACAUCAUACAAUGAUCUACAAUAUAUGUUUUUGUUGUUGUUAAUGGUAUACUAUGCUAACAGUUUACAUGUGUACACUGAAAUCAUAUUUAGUUUAGCUUUCUUGUAUGAAUUUGUUACAUUUGGAUAACUGUUAUAUAUAUUAAAGCAUGUGCAUUUUAAAUGUGCCCCAUGUUUCUUAAACACAAGUACAUUAGUUCUGAUCCACUGGGAAAAGAACUUACGUAAACUCAAAGAAUUAGGAACACAUAUCCAGUCAGACAUCCAGUCAGUCAGUCAUGUGUCAGGAGAACAAUGCAUAAAAUCAUGCAGAUACACAUCAAGAACUAAGGCUUUAUUGUGUACAGGUUAAACAAAACUUUAGUAAAAUCCAAAUCAGGAGCUCAGCAAUUUCUUAAAGGUAGACUGCCUUUCAGAUUUUUCAAGUUUAGGUCAUAAAAAGAAUUUUCCCCGACACCCAAUUAUUUUUGUUUAAUGGACCAAAAGCUACUGAAUUUGAAUCACAGCCUUACAAUUUUAUUAUUUUUUAAUAGAAUAAUUAAUGACUUUAGAGCCACGUGGCCGUAAGUUCUCCACUAUUUUUUCCUGUUUCACCAUGACCCAAUUCAAGAUACUACGUCAUGCGUCACGUGGUGGGCUUUCCCCAUUCAUGCAAGGCAUUGUGGGAUACAAAUUUGAAACAGGAGAGAAAAAUGGAGGACGUGAGUGUGCGAAUGAAACGUGAAAGACCGACUACAGUAACGGAAAGCGAGGAGAAAAGACGUUAUGUUAUAUACGAAGGAAAGGAAACGCAGAAAAUGUCAAACUAAUAAAUAUCGGCGGUCAGCGAGCACCUCAGUGUGAUCAGCUGUUCGUUUAGCGACAGAAUGAUGGAACUGUCAGUGCACAGUCAAAGGUAAACCUGUAGAUGGCAGUAAUGCAACACUGUGGAUGCCAGUUGCCGUAAAACCCAAAAGAAGAAGAAGGUAAACCUGCGCAUGUGCACAUGGACUUCCUCUGUCUGCUUGACUGCGCGAAGUGAGCGAUUUCAUGCACAUUAUUUGCUCGGGAAUCCCCUCAAAUUGAAUAACUUCUCAGCCACAGAAUGACCUGGGUUUUUUUUUUGUGAGAUAUUACAGAAAUAAACAUAUAUCACAAUUACCAAAUUUCAGAGGGAACUAAAUUUCACGGAUGUUAUGAAAUCGAAAGGCCUUCUAGCUUUAAGUGCUCAAACUGGCAUCAUGCUAUGGUCAAAGUCACCGAGAGCACAUUUCCCCCCCAUUCUGAUGUUUGAUGUGAAAAUUAACGAAAGCUUUUGAGCUGUAUCUGCAUGAUUUUAUGCAUCAUGCUGCUGCCACAUGACUGGCUGAUUAGAUAAUUGCAUGAACUGAAUGAGCAGGCCAACAGGGAAGCCAUGGUCUAAUGGUUAGAGAAGCAGCUUUGGGACCAAAGGGUCGCUGGGUUGAUUCCCUGGACCAGUAGGAAUGGCUGAAGUGCCCUUGAGCAAGGCACCUAACCCCCAAACUGCUCCCCAGGCAACUCUGGAUAAGAGCAUCUGCUAAAUGCCAUUAAUGUAAUGUACAGGUCUUUAUAUUAACAUGGCUGGUGAAUCUAAUUCAAGAUCAUUGUCAACACAAAGUCGAGAAUUGUUUGGAGAAAUGUUUCAAUGUCACUGAAAUUUCUCAACAAUGAAAUGACUAUGUACCAAAACUUGUUUCCACUGUCUUUCUUGCUGGUGUAUUGUAUGUGUGUGACUGUGUGCAUUUAUAAAAAGUGAUAUUUAAUCUUGUAUAAUUACACACAUUUACUAACCCACCCACAGAUGGGCAGAUAAAAACCUAUCAUUAUCA